AUGAGUUGCAAGAUUCUGUUUGCAGCUGCAACCCUCCUGCUCGGCCAAACCCAAGCGGUGCUUGGUCGCUCGCCGGAGCCUCUGGUCCAGGUUACUACGUCGGAUGCUGUUCACCCUGGUGAGCUAGCCAAUAUUUACCUUAAUUGGCUGGGCAAACCUCCGAGCUCUUUCAAAGCCGUUCAUGCUUCGUGUGUGAAUCCGAAUGGAUCGGCUCCGGAGGCGUUCAUCGGACAAUACUCUGUCAAUGGUCAACCUCCUCAUCGCCUAGCAUGGGCAGUUCCCAACGGUUUUCAAACGGAAAAUUGUAUUUUUGUAUACGGUGGCAAGUACAAGGGCGAGUCAGAGCAAGUUAUUGGCAAAAGCAAGCCCGUCCAUCUGCAGCGAAAGGCCUCAAAAAGAUCCACUGCCGAAAUGGACAACCCUCUUUUGAAAGAUUUUGAUUCCCUGGGAACUUGGUUCGACGGAGUGGCUUCUAUUAAGGAGAAAUCUUAUCAAAAUGGCGGCGUUGCAUCUGAGGCUUCGUCCAAGAACGCGUCCAUCGCGAUUGUUGGUGGCGGAAUCUCAGGUCUUGCAACGGCUCUCAUGCUUGACAGCGUCGGCAUUCAUAAUUGGGAGAUUAUCGAAGCCAGCAAUCGUGUUGGGGGACGAUUUCGAACGAAAUACAUGGCCGACACCCAGGAAUGGGCCGAAAUGGGCCCCAUGCGACUUCCACACUCUGUCACCUACAAAGAGGACAAUGAGACCCUCCUAUACACUGACCAUCAAUUGACUUUCCAAAUCGCCGAAAUUCUCAACGCGAUGAAUGAAAAGGAUUCCCAAUUGAAGGUCGAGUUUAUCCCCUGGAUUCAGCAUCACCCGAAUGAGCUGAUUGCUCAAGGCACCCGUCGACACCCUGACGGUCGCAUUCCAACGCGCGGUGAAAUCGAAGCGGAUCCAAGCCUGAUUGACCCACCAUCCAUGGCGAGUGCUGAAUACGAGAACGUUCAGAACCAGAUGAACAGAAUUUUAAAAAAUUCGACUACCCUCAAAUCGAUUCAGAGGGAUGUUUGGAGAGCUCAUAAAAUCGCAAUGGACGAAGGCUUGGAUGACUGGAGCGAACAGGCCAUGAUGCGCCAUGUCUUCAAGGCUAGCGAGAACGUCACGGAUCAGAUCUGGACCGAGUCCGACUACGACGUGUUCUGGGAUGAGCUCCAUCACAACUCUAAUCUCGGCCUCGAUGGCAGCAGCGACUCCCUAGGCGAGACUCACUGGCUGUGCAUCGAUGGGGGCUUCAGCCGACUAUCCGAUGCUUUCCUCCCUCAUGUCACGGAUAGACUGACUCUCAACCGACAAAUACGAAAAUUGGAGUCAAUCAAAGGCCAAAAUGGCACAACUCGAACUCGUCUUUCGUGGUAUCCUAGUGUGACAAACCGGACAUUCGAAUCAAAAGAAUACGACUACACUAUCAUGGCGGUUCCGUUCACGAUGACUCGCUUCAUGGAUUUGCCAACUUUCUCCUCAGUUUUGGGACGUGCAAUUAGUGAAGCCGGUCUCCGCUUCAAAUCUGCCUGCAAGGUCGCCUUACUCUUCUCAGAGCGCUUCUGGGAGAAAGGUGAGAAACCAAUCUUCGGCGGAUACUCAAAGCCGCCCAGCGACCCUGUAGGUGCGCUCUACUACCCUGUGUACGGUUUGAAUGAGUCGCGCCCCGGUCUGAUCAUGCACUAUCGUGGAGGAGACUGGAGCGAUCGCUUCGUCAGCUUCUCAGACGAGGAACACGUUCAGACGGUCCUGGACUCGAUUGUUUCGCUGCAUGGAGAACAAGCCAGAGACUUCUACACUGGCGACUAUGAGCGCCUCUGCUGGCUUCAGGAUGAGCACACUGCCACUGCUUGGUGCAGACCUGAUGUCGAACAGCACAAGCUCUAUAUCCCAGCCUACCACAAGACAGAGCAUAACACGAUUUUUAUUGGAGAGCAUACUGCUCCAACCCAUGCCUGGGUGAGCUCAUCGCUGCAAUCAUCUGUCCGCGGAUCAGUUCAGUUGCUCUUAGAGUUGGGUUUGGUGGAUGAAGCCAAGGAGCUAAACAAGCGAUGGAUGGGCCGGUGGAUCAAGCUCUGA